UUAAAAACCGCCGCUUCUCCAAAGUUCAAAAAACUCCCCCUCCUCCAUCUCUCUCUCUCUCUCUCUCUCAACUCUCAUCUCAACACCAACACCAGCAGUUUUUUUUUUUUUUUUUUUUUUUUUUUUCCGCUCUCAUCUUCGAAUUCAUACAAAACCAAUCAAAACUCCGUCUCCGCCGCAUCAAAUUCGAGUAGAUCCGCUGCUCAAAAACCAGUAAUGGACGCCGAUUUCGUCAAGAGAAACAACGAUCUUCAAGGCAGACGCCUCAGUCUCAUCGAUGUCUCCUCAGAGGACGAUUCUCUCUUAUUCAAUUCCUCCUUCUCUGAAUCGCUCCACCAUUCUUUUUCAGAAAAUGAGGAACAUGGAAGUGUUGAGUUGAUGGAGUCCGUGGAUACGAACACAUUAGAGGACACAUUUGGCACUUUUGAACAUAUGGAACAGGUGCCUCAACCAUCUGAAUCAAAGGAACCAGAAAUGACAACAAAAAAUCGCAAAUGUAACUUGCGCAAAAGUUUAGCGUGGGAUAGUGCUUUCUUCACAAGUGCAGGUGUUCUGGAACCGGAGGAGUUGUCUAGCAUCAUCGAAGGAGUUGAGGGCAUUGAAAAACAUAAAUUACCCGGGAUUCAAGAGGAGAUACACAGAUCUGCCGAGUCAAUCUCUACUUUGGAAAGCUUAGAAAGCGAGUCUUUGACAUUAGAAGGUCUUGAGGCUGAUUUGUUUGAAGACGUAAGAGCUUCAAUCCAGAAAUCCAGUGCUGCAUCCAAUGUGGCAAAUGCAAGAAGCACAGCUGCACCAUCAGUGACUGGAAUCCAAAGUAUUCGUUCUUCAAAGAAGGUGGACUUUGUUUCUCGAAAUAAGAUUAAGGCCAAAUCAACUUCCAACAAGUCAAAUGUAGGCUUGCAAGGACCAGGGAAAAUGACAAAGCCAGUUUUUGGUGGUCCACAUGUAUCUCAGUCCUUUGCCAAGAGGGGAGAGCCUACAUCUCUUGCAAAGCGACCAAAGGUAGGCAAGGACAGUCCCAGCUCAACUACAUUAACCAAGAGGGCCUCAAUAGGUGGUCACCAUGUUAAAAUUGUAAAGGAUGAUGCAAGAAGUGCAAUUGGUAGAGGGGCUUUAGUGCCUAAAUUACCUGCGUCGGGUGGUUUACGAAAUGUUGUUCCUAGGCCCACAGAAUCAUCUAAAUCCUCUUCUUUGGGUUCAUCAAAUGCAACCAAGACACUACCAACUUCUUCCUCGUUUGAUAGUUCUGGAAGUGCUUCUUCUGACAACAGUUGUAUAUCUACCCAAAAUUCCAUGAAAAGAAAAAUUGAAUCUGGAAGUGGUAACCCACCUUCAUUUGGUUCAACCUCCAAAACACCUUCCAGAACACCAUCCAGAGCACCAUCAAUAAAUAAAGUUCAGUCUGGCAGUUCUCAUCUCUCUCAUUUGAUGUCUGUGCCCAAGCUCACCCCUAAUACUUCACCUGCUAGCUCUAUCAGUGAAUGGUCCUCAGAGUCAUCAUCAUCAUGUUCUACUGUUAAACAAAUGUCAAAUAAUUCAAGAGUUAGCUUUGACGCUACUUCUUGCAAAGGGAUCUCCAUAGAUAGUGAUGCAACUCAUGUUUUGGAGUCUCAGAAACAUUGUAACGAGCAAGGUUCAGUUGGGCUCGAAACUCAUGUGGCUGGAUUGCUUGGUCAAUGUGUAAAGAGAGCUUCAAUAGGAAGUGGUGCACUUCUUCAUCCAGCUUCUGCAAAACCUUCUGGUCUUCGGUUGCCAUCACCUAAAAUUGGCUUCUUUGAUGGGGCUAAACUGGCAGGACGCACUCCACCAGGAAGAAUACCAUCUCAUCCUGUGGUACCCAGUGGCUUGCCUAAAAUUGGAGCAGGGAGUGUUAGACCAAAUGGAGGCCCAAACGAGGCAACGUUUGGAAAACCUGUCAGAACUCUAACAGCCAUCAGGAAUGUAAAACCUGAUCCUCAGCCAACUUCCUUGAAUAUGAAACCUAAAUCUCCAACACCUCUUCCGGAAUCACCAUUUGCUGCAAUCCAAGGCUCUAGUGCGUCAAGGAAUGUCAAAACUUGUCCCGGAAAAUCUCCUAAAGCUCAAAACAGAAUAUCUCCUAAAACUGUUGGAAAAAGUCAGCUGAAGGUACAGAAAAUUGAAUCUGAAGGAUGUGAUGUUGGUAUAUGUGAUUCAGAAACCAAGGGAAGUGCCUACAGAUUGGAUAUGAAGGUCACUCCUAUUAAUGCAGGACUUAAUACUGGUGAUUCAGGUACCAUUUCUUAUAUUGUAAAUAUAAACCCAGGUCAGAAAGUGGGUGAAGAUGCAAUAUAUGACCUACACAAUCCCAAGUAUGAUGUGCAUUUAAAUAAUAGCACUUAUGAGAAGGAAAAGUUAAAUGUUGAAGAUCAAGUUGAUGGUUUGAGCAGACAAGUUGGAUCUAUGGAUAUAAAUAAGGAGAUUCAGAACAAUCUCAUUGGUGAUUCUCUUUCUCGGUUAAAUGCUGGCAGCAAAGAUGAUUCUGAUUCUCUGGAGUUGUCCAGUCAGAGGGAGCUUCAUGACUUUUCUCAACAGGAUGAAAACUUGAAAUGUUCGUCGAAACCUACCCCCUCUCUUUCUCCCAGCAUGUUUGAAGUUACAGUUAGUCCGAGGAUACCUUUUUCUGUUAAGGAUUCUUAUUGCAAUAUGGAUGGAUUGUUUGAUGUUUCAACAGGAUCUACAGUGGUAAAAGAGGCAGAGAAGACACCCAACUUGACUUUGCUAGAAAGCAGUCUGAAAGAGAACAGCUGAGAUAGAGUAACAGCAUGGUAGUUUAUUUUCUUCAAGGAGCAGCUGUGCUGGUGGCUGAAACUAGUGUAUGAUUUUCAUACGACCUAUACAAUUGGAUUGGCCUGGUGUUCGCAUUCUAAAUUAUUUUUGAAGUGCAAAUUCAACCACGCAUUACAAGAUGGUGUUGCAUGCUUUUGAGGGAAGAAAAAAUGUAGUCGUGUGUGUGUAAUUUAAGCUUAUGUCAUGUUAAAAGUUAUUGAUAGUUUAUCUCAUUCUCAUGUACGUUGGAAUCCUCUUGAUGAGGUGUAUUUGGAUAGGGUGGUAUUCUAGUCUAGGAGCUAUUUUUUGAAAAAAAAAAGUGGACUUA